UUUUAUCAUUAAGUGGUUAUCAGUUAAUCCAAAAUAUUAAGCCAUGUGGUUUUUUGCUGGCAACAACAAAUCUUAAGAAUACUUUAUUUGAAAUAUUCAAUUUUAAUUUUAAAAAUGGAUCAAGAUGAUAUAGUUUGGUCAAUAAUUAAAGAUACCUUUUGUUCAUUCAAAAUAAAAACUGAUUCAUCGAGCUUUUGUAGAAAUGAAUAUAAUCUAACUGGAUUAUGUAAUCGUACUCAUUGUCCUUUAGCAAACAGUAAAUAUGCUACUGUCAGAGAAGAGAAGGGUAUCAUAUAUUUAUUUUUAAAAACCGCUGAAAGAUCAGUAUAUCCUAAAAGGCAAUGGGAAAAAAUAAAACUUUCAAGAAAUUUUCAAAAAGCUAUUCAGCAAAUGAAUGAGCAUAUGCUGUACUGGCCAGGUCCAUUAAAAUCAAUGUGCAAACAAAGAUUUGUUAGAAUUACUCAAUAUCUUAUAAGAAUGCGAAAACUUAAACUAAAAACACAAAAGGAAUUAAUUUCUAUGCCAAGAAAAGUUGAAAAAAGAGUCAAAAGACGAGAGUAUAAAGCAGAGAUUGCUGCCCGUUUAGAUAAUGUUAUAGAAAAAGAAUUGAUUGAAAGACUUAAAAAAGGAGUUUACGGUGAUAUGUACAAUAUCAACCAACAAGCAUUUGAAAAAGCAUUAGAACAAGAAGGAGAAGAUGAUGAAGAUGAAAAUGUUGAGUAUACAGCUGCUGAAUCGGAUAUGGAUGCAGAAGAUAACGAUGAACUAUAUGACAGUGAUGAAGAAGAAAAAGAACAGCUUUCUGAUUUUGUUUGUUCUGAUGAUGAAGAAGAAGAAAUAGAAGAUAUUGAAGAAAUGGCAGCAAAAAAAGUAAAACAGAAAUCCAAAUCAAGACCUCAUGUUUCUAUUGAAUAUGAGAAUGAAUUGGAAUGAUAUGCUUUGUGUAAACUUUACUUUUAUGUAUUUGAUUGAAUAAAUUUGAUAUAAAACUAUCA